CGACAUCUUUGUUUACUCAGAAGUACACUCCUGACACUUGCCGCAGGGAGCAGGAUCGCUUCCAUCUUUUUCGGUUAGAAAACCGUCGCUUUCUUCUCCACUUCAUCCGAAACUCAAAGUUUCCCUCCCGUUCCGGAAAUCGACUCGGUCGUCACGGAUUCGCGUCCCUGCAAAUGGUGUUCGGGACACAACUCACCCCUCCUUCUGAAGACCACGACGACGAAGCCGAAACCGAAAAUCCGACCGUCUCGGACCUGUUUUCGGCGCUGAGAGCGGCGUCUCGGCCGAAGGAUUUCGGCCGAGUCGAACAGGCAUUAUCGGCGAGGGAAGCGAAACUGAGGCGAGAAAUCGAGAAGCAGAGGUACGAGAACGCGCUGCUCGACGAGAAGCACGAGUUCGAGCGGCUCGAGAAGCUCAGAGCCGAGGAGGAGCUCAGGCUCCAGCUCUCACCGAUCAAGGCGGAGGCGGUGAGCGAAGAGAACGGCGGCGAGGGCAGAGAGGUAAUUUUGGAGCUCCGGACGCAGAACGAGGAGCUGGAGCGCCGCAUUUCGCGGCUGGAGAAGGGCGGUAAGACAUUGAGGAAGAAGGGUUUGAGUAACAGCAUGCAGAGAAGAAGGAGCGAUCGGUUGGCUGCAAUCGGUGGUGAUACCGCUGCUAACAAUGAUAGCGGUGAAGGUAGCACUGCUACGGUUAAAGGAAAUAACGCUCUGAGAAUUUCAGGUUACAGAAGGAGCAUACAGAAGCAGAUAAGAAGGAAGAUGGGGAAGAACAAGAUGGAAAAUUUGAGGUGGGGGAGAGGAGAAGAAUAUGUACAAUACCGAUGUAAUAUGCUGUCGUUUUUCAGUACAAUGCAGCGAAUUAAGGGACACUUAACUGAACGGCACUUGGAGUUGCUUCGACAGACUCCUUUUUGGCCAUUAAUAUCCGCGUUUUACAGCGGUGUGAUAUCGGAAGAUCAAUGCAAGAAAUCGGAGAGUGAUGUCCGCAACAUUAUCAAGUGCUACAACGCAAGAACAAUGAGUUUUCAGUUUGGUAGCACAUCUGCAUCGUUGACGACAGAAGACAUGGCAGAAAUUUUGGGACUUCCACAAGAAGGUGAAGAAUUGAAGUUAAAGGGAUCAAGGAGUUACAAAUCAGAUUUUGUCGAAAGAUAUUUUAACGCCAAAAGAGUGUAUAAAACAUUGGUGGAUAAAGCCUUGGACGAAGCAAUAGAAGGGAAAAGAGAAACAGACGUAGAGGAUGUUGUACGCCUGAUUUUGAUAGAAUUAUGCAUAACCUUUUUGUUAUGUAACUCAGGCCAAGUUACUUCAUGGAAUUUAGUCAAGUAUUGUGAGGAUUUAGAAAGUAUUUCAAGAUAUUCAUGGGCGAAAGCUGUGGCUGACGUUCUGCACGAGGGAUUGGAAAAAAGGACCGGGCGGUUCAAGCCAUAUUCUGUUCCUGGGUGCGUGGUUGCCAUAAUGCUUUGGUUGUGUGAGAGAACUAACCUCAUACAACCAAUCAAGGGAAGGGAGGGACAGAAACCAGCUCUCGUAAAAUGGAGCAUGCAGGAACUGCACUUGAAACUUAAACGAGUACAUGUCGCAGACAUUGGGUUGAGCUUUAAGAAGGACAAGGAGAGGAAGAAACUAGGAGAAAAUGAAAAAGCACGCGAAGAAGCUAUUACAACCAAUGGACGAGAAGAACGAGAAGAAUGGGAAAAUGUGACUGGUGAUACAGUGGGCGAAUCGGAAGAUCAUCUCCGAGCUCGAAAGAGAAAAAUGAAAUUCGUCCGCGAACCCCCUAUUUCGAAAAGGUUAAAUGACAAUGAGGACUUGGAAGAAAGAUCAGAAGAUGUUUGGAGAGUGAUUCAGAAUGCAAGUGCUGAUCAAGGAAAAGUGAGUAGGCUAACUGAAAAGUUGGAGAGUAAGAAGGAAAAAACAAAAAAGUUGAAGAGGAAACUAAAAGAAGAAAAGAAGGAAAAGAGAAAGCUGAAAGAGGAAAAUGAGGUCUUAACUUCUGAAAAGAAAUCAUUGUUUGAUUCUCUGAAGAGGUUGGUGAAAAUGCUGGAAGAAACUCUUGAAGCGGAAAGGGAAGCGGUGAAAAACCUAAAGAAAGAAAAAAUGGAGCUGAUCAAGGAAAAUCGAGAACUCAAAGAAAAGCUCAAUCAAGGAAGUCCAUGCUCCGCAGUGCAAUUGAGGGAGGACGUGCAAGUUGAGGUAUCUCCGAUGCAAUCCUUUUCGACAAGUCCUGAGAAAGGCGUCAUGAAGAGGGUAUUAGAUUUGGAGUUUGAGGAUGAACAGCGGGGCGAAAAGAAAAGGAAAGUAGACGAGGAAAGAAAUGGAAAGAAGGGAGGAUGUCCUAUGUGAUGCUAUUGCUUCCGGCACGAUCAGAUGAACAAGCUCUUUAUGUGGUUUAGUUGUUUUUCACAUUUCCACGUCCUAUUUAAAGAAAGACUCUUCCCUUGUAAUGUUUGAAACUUAUGAGAUGUGUGCAGUCUGCUUCAUUUGAUGGUAAGGCUUGAAUUAGUCGGUUCUGCUUCAAUGUGUAAUUAGCAAGUUAUAUAAACAAUGACUUUUAUUAAGAAUCCUUUUUGGAAAAACA